GAGUAUCAAUAGUUCAUGGAUUUGUUAACAACCAAAAAUGUGAUGUGUACUGGAUACGCAGGAGCCUUAGCAACUUGGGCCCGACAACGCUUCCCGAACAUUAUCGACGGUGCAUGGGGUGCAGAGGCCACAGAGCAUGCGGGAGACAUUGGAGAAAUAAUUCGUCGUUUCGGCGGUAAUGAGUGUAACAAUCUGAUUUGGGUCGCUUUCCGCACUGCCCAAUACUUGAUCGAUGCUGGACUGGAUGAAACGGUAACGAGCUUGCUCAACACCUGCGAGCGGAUCGAGCCGGGUAACCUGCUGGAUAUGGAGACACUCUUCUUCCAUCUGAAGCUGGCCAUCCAGGAAGCGAUGCUCAACGUACAGACCACCGAAAAGAUUCGGGAUGUUUGUGCCAGCAUGGUAAACAGUACGGAGGAAACAGCGCUGCAAGAUCUAGUCACCUGGCUGAACGAGUAUUACGCCAAUCUGGCCUGCAAUCCGUUCGAUUUCGACGCGAACAUGGAAGCGGGUAAAGUAUUGCAACCGGGUGCUCCGGAAAAUGCCAUCCUUGGGUGGCGUCAGACCCAGUACCAAGCGUGUACCGAGUUCGGAUGGUUCCGGACGACGGAUCUGGACGAGCAACCGUUCGGCGAUCGAGUAUCGAUGCACUUCUUCCUGGAGGCGUGUCGAGCCCUGUUCGGUGAGUGGGUUUCGGACGCUGUCAUCUACGAGGGUGUACGCUUGACGAACCUACACUACGGUGGACAGGAUCCACGAUCGACGAACGUACUGUUUACGAACGGUGAGCUCGAUCCAAACCGUCUGGUGUCGAUCACAAGCUACAUCAAUCCGCUAAGCUAUGCGUACGUCGUGCCGAAUGAGUUCCUGUACUCGGAAAUCUACUCCAUCACCGAGGAAGACUCGAUCGAGUUGAUGACGAUUAAGCGUAGCAUCCAGGCGUACAUUGGCUUAUGGCAGGGAGAUGGAUUGGUACCGGUGUAAAUGACAGUCGGACAUUAGUGCAAUGUUUUCUUGAUUUUUAUUCAUAUUAAAAUAAAGCACAGCCGAGACCGUUCUUACAAGCCAACAAGGACUUUAAUGUAUUUUUGAUUUUGAAGUUUACAACGGGUAGUCGUCGUUCUAGUUCUUUCAAGGUGCUAUCUCGAUAGGCAUCUGUUCCCUUCGGAGAGGCAUGGGGUAAUAGAUCAG